AUGCGUCUCUCGCGAUCUCUCUUCACCGUUGUUGCCGCCCUAGGCCUUCCCGGGAUCGCGUCUGCUGCGGUUACGCCGGUUGUCGAAGACUGGAAGAUUGCGUUGGGGUGGAAUCAGACGAUACUCCCUGCGAGCUCGUUCGGCAAGUCUGUAGGGUCGUUUACCCCGCCUGCUGGAUUCGAGUCCGCCCCCGCUGCACUUGCAACGACAAACAACCUCGCCGUUUCCUCGGCCAUUGGGAAGCCUGGAGGCACCUUUAUCUGCCAGGAUACGAUAUGGGGCGGCGUUUGCGGAUAUGCCGUCCAGCCGCUAAACGAGUGCAUCCUCCUCGAAAGCCCGUGGCUCAAGACCAUCUCCAGCUUCGGGCCUGACCCCGGCGCCACGUGUUUCGCUUUUGCGUCCGGCGACUGCAACUCGGGCAAUGCUCAAUGGUCAUUCACGUUCCCCGGCGACGAUACUGGCGGUCUUGCGACUACAACCCCAUGGAACGACAAGCUGACGAGUUUCGCAUGUGUCGCCUCGCAGAGCGUGGCGUAG